AUGACGUCACAGCUUUGUCAGUAUAAAUGGGCAGCACACAGCUGCUCGCUGACAGACGUCAUGUGGUGUCGAGGUUUCCUGCAGCAGACGCUCAGAUACAUGUCGGCCAGCAGACAGGCGGGCAUCCUCUUUGAUGUGGACGGCGUCUUGCUCCGCGGCGGCUCGGUGAUCCCGGCCGCUCGACGAGCUUUCCAGAAGCUUCUGGACCAUAACAACAACUUCCUGUUUCCUGUCGUCUUUGUCACCAACGCAGGAAGCUGUCAGAGACAUCACAAGUCCCAACAGCUGUCUCACUUGCUGGAUGUCCAGAUUGCCCCAGAGCAGGUGGUUCUUUCCCACAGUCCUUUGCAAAUGUUGAAGAGUUUCCAUGAUAAAUGCGUGCUGGUGUCGGGACAAGGACCAGUGACCGACAUUGCCAUCAGUUUAGGUUUUCAGAAGGUGGUGAGCAUCGAGCAGCUCAGAGAACAUCACCCCCUGCUGGACAUGGUGGACCACAACAGAAGACCCAAACUAUCUUCAUCUCCUCUGCAGAGUCUUCCAAAAAUAGAAGCGAUUAUCCUGUUCGGGGAGCCAAUCAAAUGGGAGACCAACCUGCAGCUGUUGAUUGACGUGCUCCUAACCAAUGGGAGUCCCGGUUGCGAGUACGACGCUCAACUGUCGGCUCAGCUGCCGGUGCUGGCCUGUAACAUUGACCUGAUGUGGAUGGCCGAGGCGCCGUCUCCACGGUUUGGUCACGGGAUGUUCCUGCUGUGUCUGGAGUCUGUCUACAGGAAGCUGACGGGUCGGGAGCUCCAGUACCAGGCGCUGCUGGGAAAACCCAGUCUGCUCACGUACCAGUACGCGGAGCAUCUGCUGAGGCUGCAGAACCACAACCGCAAGCUGACCACCGUCUACGCUGUCGGCGACAACCUGAUGACAGACAUCUACGGUGCUAACCUGUACAACCGUUACCUGGCCCGGCAGCACACUUCCGUGCCGACCAGCACCGAGCUCAUUGUCCAGGGAACGGGGGGUCAGGUGACGAUGGCGGUCCCGGAGGAGGAGCUGGUGUCUGCUGCUGCUCAGUGUCGCUCCAUACUGGUGUGCACAGGUGUCUAUAACCCUCGCUUCCCAUCGCCUAGCGACCGGAGCAGCGCCGUCACGGAGAAAGUGUUCCACGGUCACAGGGACCUGGUCCUGGAGCCAGAUCUGGUGGAGCCAAGUCAUGUGGUGGAGGAUGUGGAGGCUGCCGUCGACCUGUUGCUGCAGCAGGAAGGCUCUGUGAUACCUGAUACCUGACCCUGACAUCUGACCCGAUAUCUGACACCUUACCUCUGACAUCUGCCACCUGACCUCAAAGUCCUGAUAUAUGACCCCUCACCCCUGACCUCUGACUCCUGAUAUCUGACCCUGACAUCUUACACCUGACCUCAAUGUCCUGAUAUGUGACUCCUGAUAUCUGACCCUGACAUCUUACACCUGACCUCUGACAUCUGCCACCUGACCUCAAUGUCCUGAUAUCUGACCCCUCACCCCUGAUAUCUGACACCUGACCUCUGACUCCUGAUACCUGACCCUGACAUCUUACACCUUACCUCUGACAUCUGACCCGAUACCUGACACCUUACCUCUGACAUCUGCCACCUGACCUCAAAGUCCUGAUAUAUGACCCCUCACCCCUGACCUCUGACUCCUGAUACCUGACCCUGACAUCUUACACCUGACCUCUGACAUCUGCCACCUGACCUCAAAGUCCUGAUAUAUGACCCCUCACCCCUGACCUCUGACUCCUGAUACCUGACCCUGACAUCUUACACCUGACCUCAAUGUCCUGAUAUGUGACUCCUGAUAUCUGACCCUGACAUCUUACACCUGACCUCUGACAUCUGCCACCUGACCUCAAUGUCCUGAUAUCUGACCCCUCACCCCUGAUAUCUGACACCUGACCUCUGACUCCUGAUACCUGACCCUGACAUCUUACACCUUACCUCUGACAUCUGACCCGAUACCUGACACCUUACCUCUGACAUCUGCCACCUGACCUCAAUGUCCUGAUAUCUGACACCUCACCCCUGAUAUCUGCCACCUGACCUCAAACUCCUGAUACCUGACCCUGACAUCU